AAGAUCAAAGCCGAGAGCUGGGCAUUUUCUUUUUCUUUUUCUUUUGCUUUUACAGGCGAGUGUUCUGGGUAGUUUAGCUUCUCUCUGAGAGCAGGGGAGGUAUCAUUAUUAAUAUAAAUGGCAAAACUCAGAACCAGAAAUAUUAAGUAGAGCGAUUUACUAUUAUAGUAGAUUAAAAAGCAAGGAUGCGUCCUGAACUCUUUAUUGCUGCCAAAAAGGGCAAUCUGGAAACCCUUAAAAACCUGCACAGAGAAAAUCCAAUUGGGAGGGGUGAAGUUACUUUUGAAGGCAACACUGCUCUGCACAUCGCUGCGAGGGAAGGGCAUUUGGAGGUGGUUCAAUGGAUUCUUAACAAUGCGAAAGGAUGUUGCAUUGCAGGAGCUCGGAAUUUUAAUAAGAAUACGCCCUUGCAAGAAGCUGCUAAGAAGGGCAAUGCAGAGGUGUUGAGCAUUCUGCUUCAAAAUAAAAAAAGUGGUGUGUAUAGGCGCAAUCAGUAUGGAGAGACGGCGCUGAUAAUUGCUUCAGAGUACGGUCAUGUGGGAGCAGUGAGGCUCUUGUUAGCAGCUACGCCUCUGUUUCUGGUUUUCUGGCCAAGGGAUGACCGCCAGACAUGUCUUAAUGUUGCAGCUUAUGCAGGGCACCUGGAAGUGGUGAAAUUGAUCUUAAAUGCAAAGUCCAAUUGCUUCAAUGCAAUACAAAAUAUAUUACUUAUUAAGGAUGAAAAUGGUGUCACUCCACUACAUGCUGCAGUUCAUGGAGGCCAUGUCAACAUUGUGCGUGAGAUUUUAAACAUUCCAUUCAAAUGUGGUUGUUAUUGUUCUCCUAGAAGUUUAAUGACAAAGGUUGAUAAUCUUGGAAGGUGUGCAAUUCACAUAGCAGCAAUGAAAGGAUUUAUCAAUAUUAUUGAUGAAUUGAUAAAAAUAAUGCCAGACUGUGUUGAAAUUAGAAGCACCUGUCUUGAAACUGUUGUCCACUUUGCUGUGGAGUAUAAUCAAUUUGACGUAGUGAAAAGACUGACUUGUGAAAAUGAAGGUGAAAGAAAUGCAAAAUUAUUGAGCUAUGACUAUGACAUUCAUGGCAACACAGCUUUACAUUUGGCAGUCAAGAAUGGAGUGAACCCUGAGCUUGUAGAAUAUAUAGUAUCGACUUCAAAUGCAAAUUUGAAUGCCAAAAAUAAUGAAGGCCAAAGUCCACUUGAUAUUGCAGUAGCAGAAGCAUCUCAAAACAAGGUAGAUUAUGGUGAGAUUGUAAGGGUUCUAGAAGAUGUUGGUGCCACUCGGAGUUUUAUUUUUGAAUGUAAAUCUAAAUCUAAAUUACCAGCUUGGGAUUAUUCUCUUAAGAUCACAAAUCAAAGCAAUAAUGAUGCGGAAGGCAAAGUAUUUGAUGUGGACACAUUGGUGGCAUCUCUCAUUGCUACAAUAACAUUUACAGCUAUAUUUCAAGUACCCGGUGGAACACAUGAUGGGCUUGCUAGUAUGUCACUAGAAACCAUCUAUUCUCAGAUUGUGUUGCUUUCUUCGCAUCUAUGACUGUGGUGAUUGCUUGGAUUUUUCGAGAAAGAUUGCAAACAAGGCUUGUUGCAGAUCGGUCAGCACUAGCCAUGUUAUCUAUGCUAAGCUUGGGAACCUCCACAGUCUCUACAUGCCUUGCUUUCUUAAGUGCGACCAUCCUUGUCACAAUACCUCGUCAUCUAGAAAAGCACAAUAAGAAUAAUCCCAAGCAUGCCAAGGAAUAUCGAGAAUAUCGAUUAAUCUUUAUUGGUGAGAUUUUCACAGCAUAUGUAGCACCAUCACUUGCAGUUGUGUUCCUAUCAUUGGCAUGGAUAAUUGAAUAUAACUUCAAUGCAACCAAUGAACGACAA